AUGUACAACGCUGCGGAUAAGUACGCGAUAAACGGUCUUAUGAUUCUCUCUAAGGAGAAGUCACAGUCAAUUUUCAGAGAUGACUUCGAAGACAUUCCAUUUAUCCAAACGAUUGAGUACGUUUAUGGGCCGGAAAGUCCUCCACAUUCAGAGCUGCGGGAUACUAUAGCGACAUUCGCCGUUCGACACCAUUCCACACUAAAAGGAUUAGACCAAUUUCACGAAGUUCGCAAGAAGUUCUUGGAGUUCUCAUUUGACUUCUCGACGGCAAUGAUGGAAAGAAUGGAUGAAUUGGAAACCGAGAUGAAGUAG